AUGGCAGCAGUGACAAUUACAUCGAACCCUCAACCUCCUCUUGCGACUACCUCGGAAUCAAAAAGAAACCAUCUGCCACCAAGUACAUAUUCUAUAAGUAAUAGUGCAUACGAUCGUGGCCAAGACUCGACUCGUUAUCAUCGUGAAAUGUCGCUCAGUAUGAGCCAAGGAUCACAAGCUGGUGGUUUGAUGAUGCAACCAGGAGGUCCAUUUCGUCAAUACGAUAUUAUGGGUGUUAUGAAUCGCAGAGAUACGGCACCUCAGAUCUACUCGGCUGUAUAUUCCAGUGUCGAUGUAUAUGAAAUGGAAGUAAAUGCUAUUGCGGUUAUGCGACGACGAAAAGAUAGUUGGCUUAACGCUACCCAGAUAUUGAAAGUUGCAGGAAUCGAAAAAGGAAAGCGAACAAAGGUCCUCGAGAAAGAGAUUUUGAUCGGAGAUCAUGAAAAAGUUCAAGGUGGAUAUGGAAAAUACCAAGGAACGUGGAUCAGAUUUGAAAGAGGAGUCGAAUUUUGCAAGCAAUAUGGUGUGGAAGAACUUUUGCGCCCAUUGUUAAACUACGAUAUGGGUCAAGAUGGAGGAAUUGCAGGACAAGGUGGAAUUGAUACCCCGACGAAGGAACAAGCCAUGGCUGCGCAACGAAAGAGGCUUUACAAUACAGGACCAGAGAACCGUAAUAAUGGACAGUCUGGUGGAACCUUCUUCAAGAACAUUUCGAAUAAUGCGUCGCUUGCAGUUGCAGCAAUUAGCAAAGCCCGAUUUGAUUCACCUGUUCCUAGAAAUCGAAAUGGUAGCGUGCGACCUCCCAGUUUCAGCAGACAAUCAUCACAGCAACAAACUGGUAGUCAGGAAACUGCUUUCCCAGGCAACUCGCAACAAAGCAUGCAGAGCUUCGUUUCUAAUGACGGAUUGACAAAUGGGCAAGAUUCGGCUUAUGCAACUCAAGCACAAUUUCAAUUCUCGCAUACCGGGAGAGAGGAUGGAGAUUUCCAGGAGCCACCACGAAAGAGACGAAGAGAAUCCCCUGAACCCCCGAAUAAUAGUCAGCAAUCCGUGAAUGGUGGUUAUAAUAAUAUGUCUAUGCGAGAGCCAUCUCCGACUGAGCCUAAUGAUUCUUUCUUCUAUCGUUCACAGGCCAAUCUAUCUCAGGAUGAAGAGGCCCCGGUACCAUUACCGCCUCUACCCGAAAACCAGUAUAAUGGAAAGGAGGGUUUGACCUUGUUAUCACUUUUUCAUAAUGAAAAUUCUUACUUGGGCACAAACGAACACAACGAUCAGGAGGCGUUUCGCACGAUGUCCGGUGUAGAACUUGAUAUUCCCAUAGACAAAUCAGCCAACACUGCUGUCCAUUGGGCUGCUACUCUUGCACGAUUACCUGUCCUACAAAAGCUUAUUCAAUCAGGUGCGAGCAUAUAUCGAGUAAAUCUCAGAGGAGAGACUGCGCUUAUGAGAGCAUGUUGUGUAGCCAAUAAUUUAGAUCAGGGGAGUUUUCCAGAUCUUCUUGAGCUACUCGGCAACACUAUUGGAUUUCAAGAUAAUCGUGGCCGAACAGUUUUACAUCACAUAGCUGUCACAUCGGCUGUCAAAGGUCGCAGUCCUGCAAGCAAGUACUAUCUUGAAUCACUUCUUGAGUUUGUCGUCAGGAAAGGUCGCUCGUUUACAGGCCAACAACAAUUAAAUAGUGAGCCCGCAAAUCCUCAUGCCAUGGACAUUGGUCGAUUUAUGUCCGAAAUGGUAAAUGCACAGGAUAAUUCAGGUGAUACGGCUCUCAACAUUGCGGCUAGAGUUGGUAACAAGAGCAUCAUCUCCCAACUUGUGGAAGUUGGAGCAGAUCCUGAAAUUCAAAAUAACUCCAAAUUAUGUCCAUCAGAUUUCAUCGGUGGCCUAGGAAAUCCUGGUGAUCGUUUGGGUUUUGCAAGUCCUGAUAAGAGAGGGAAUAAAGCCACACGGGAAACCAGUGGUGAAAUAAUUGACUCCAUAAAUGCAGCACUUCGAUCAACCCUUGAGGACUUCGGAAAAGAAGUAGAAGCUAAACAAGCUCAAAUCGACUCUAUCCAUGCCAAACUUCGCGAAGCAUCCGCCAACCUAGGAGAAGAACGACGCGCCAUGGAAGCAAAACAAGAACGCAAUAGACAACGUGAAGAACGUGAUCUCAAAAUUUCCAAUCUCACUCGAGCUGCAGAAGAAGAGAGUAUGAAAUUACUUCAACUCCAACAACAAUUCAAUGAACCCACUUCCGACCUCGACCUCGAAAUGCAUCUAGGUGAUGCUGAUCAAUCUCUUUCGGUUCCACCCAUCCAUGCAUAUAUCAACACAACCCCUACUCGAAAUUCCAAGCGUCAAAAUGAUCUCGCUAAAAGACAAUCGUUACUGAAACAAUUACCAUCGAUGCAUAUACUUCAAGCGCGCAUCAAUGCAUAUAAAGCCAAUAACGAUGCAUUGGAAAGAGAUGUCCACGAUUUAAAGAGUAAGGAUACGGGUCGCAUAGCAAAGUAUAAGAAAAUUAUUAGUCUGUGUACGGGUGUCGAUAUCUCGAAAGUCGAUGGUGUUAUUGAGGGGUUGGCGCGCGCGGUGGAGAGUGAGAGUGAUGUGGAUUUAAAUCGAGUUAGGGAGUUUUUGACGAGGGUUGAGGGGGCUUAA